UAGUGUCAGUAAAAACUUUGACAUAUGAAUUUUUUGGUUAUUUUAUUUAUUUUUUAUUGAAUUGUAGUUUAUUUCUGUUAACAUAAUAAUGGUCCUAACUGCCCUAAUAGACGACUAUUUGGUAACUUAUCUAACAAACGUAGCAGAUCAAAAUAUCAACGCUGUCGGCCUAAUUUUAGGUCAGUCAUGUUCCGGAAAGGACUAUAUUAUACACUUUGCAAAAACGCCUCCAUUCCAGUCAGAGGAAGACAAAAAACUGGGAAAACCAGUACAAAACAUGAAAAGUUUGGAUGACAUGAAUCCCAAUUGGAUCGCAGAUCAUGCCAAACAAACGACCAGAAUGUUGCCAGGAGGAAUGAGCGUACUCGGUGUAUUUUUGGUGUCUCCUGACGAUUUACUGACUCCAUUCCAUUCAAAGCUGAAGCUUAUAUUACAAACCAUACACAAGCAGUUAGAUAUGAACAAAUAUUUGCACGGAAACCCUUCUAGUGAAAAACUCGUUUUGCACUUUUCUUCCAAGUCGCGGAAGUACUUUUGUAAGACUUAUGAUGUAAUUUCUCAUAAUAUCCAACCUGUGGAAGUAAAGUCUGUGGCCAAAAAAUGGAACAACGUUGAAUGCAAUUUUGGCAUUGAUAAAGUUAAAUUUAUAAGGACGAAUGAGGCCGAUUGGCCUUUGGAAAAACAUAUCAAAGUGAUGUUAGAUGAGAUCCAUGACAAUCUUGAAUCGUCUGUGCUUUUCUUCGAAGGAGAGUUCAAAGACGAGGAUGAUUCAUUGGAGAACGUAGGUAAGAAGAAAACUAGAACUACGAGAUCAACUAAAGUGGGGCACGAUGUGACUGAAAGUUCUAAGCCUAUUCGAGUAUCAAUUUUAACAAAGUGUUCUAACAUGUCCGGUUCCUCCGAUUCUGACAGCGUGAUCGAAACCUCUGGUCAGCUGAGAAUAGUAGGUCAGGUAUCUUGCAAGCUAUGGCUACAACCCAAAAUGUCAAUUAAGGAAGCCGCGAAAGCGUUGAAACAAGACAUCAUGCGUAGUUUGGAGUCUAGGUUAGAAAUGCACUGGGACUCGCUGACAGAGGAAGAAAACUCUGAGGAUGUGAAUUGUGUUCACGAACCGCCAAGAAGAGUGCUCAUCAGGCUUCCUAACAGCAAUAUCACCUUGUCAGACUAUUUGUUUCCUGGAGAGGGGGCACAGGAUGCUAAGGUGUCGUUAGAGGAGUUGUUAGAUAUCAAGAUCAAAGGAAAAUUGCAAAUACUGGAUGUUGAAGGUCAACCAGAUAUCACAGAGUAUUGCAAGGGUGCCUUAGAAAGUGAAAGUAAGGAAAUACUGCCAAAGCUCAAUUCGGAUGCCAAUCAAUUCAUGUAUUUAGGAAUGGUUGCCGCAGUGAUUGUUUUAAUCGUCUCUCUACUGUUGCAUUUGUAUACAUAAGUGUGAGAUUCCAAGCAGCAACUUUACUUCUAGAUUAAGGCCAUCUGUGAAAUGCAUUUAUUUUUUAAUAAAUAAGUUACUUUUGCUGUU